AUGCUUCAUGAAACUGGUCAGCUUUCCGUCGCAGCGAUUUCUGAUGAGGAGGUAAUCGGUGCCUUUUUCCGAAUGGCAAAAGUCGAGGGAAUAAUCCCGGCUUUGGAAAGCGCGCAUACGGUGGCGUUCGCGAUCCGAUUGGCAUCGCAGCGCCCUUCAUCAGAACGGAUACUGGUCAAUCUUUCGGGGCGUGGUGACAAAGAUGUUGACUUUGUGCUUGAGAACUAUGGUACGGGUCAAUAG